AGCCCCACACUUUCCCGUGGUGGUCAAGCUGGGACAUGCCCACGCUGGAAUGGGAAAGAUCAAAGUAGAAAACCAGCAUGACUUCCAGGACAUCACCAGCGUGGUCGCCAUGGCCAAAACCUAUGCCACCACCGAGGCCUUCAUCGACUCCAAGUACGACAUCCGUAUCCAGAAAAUCGGAUCCAACUACAAGGCUUACAUGAGAACCUCCAUCUCUGGAAACUGGAAGGCCAACACGGGCUCUGCAAUGCUGGAGCAGGUGGCCAUGACAGAGAGGUACAGGCUGUGGGUGGACAGCUGCUCGGAAAUGUUUGGCGGCCUGGACAUCUGUGCUGUCAAGGCCGUCCACAGCAAGGAUGGCAGAGAUUACAUCAUUGAGGUAAUGGACAGCUCGAUGCCCCUGAUUGGAGAGCACGUGGAGGAGGACAAGCAGCUGAUGGCUGACCUUGUUGUCUCCAAAAUGAGCCAACUCCUGGUGCCAGGAGGCACAGUGCCCUCGCCCCUGAGACCUUGGGCACCACAGACUAAGUCGGCAAAAUCUCCAGGGCAAGCCCAGCUGGGGUCUCAGCUAGGACAGCCCCAGCCUCGUCUACCUCCACAAGGGGGCCCUCGCCAAGCUCAGUCUCCUCAGCCCCCGAGGUCUGGAAGCCCCUCCCAACAGAGGCUCUCCCCGCAAGGCCAGCAACCCCUGAGCCCCCAGUCCGGAUCUCCGCAGCAAAGGUCGCCAGGCUCUCCGCAGCUAGCCCGGGCAUCCAGCGGCAGCUCCCCAAACCAAGCCUCCAAGCCAGGCGCCACCCCCGCCUCACAGCCCCGGCCCCCCGUGCAGGGCCGCAGCACCUCCCAACAGGGCGAAGAGCCCAAGAAGCCAGCACCACCCCAUCCUCAUCUCAACAAAUCUCAGUCCCUGACUAACAGCCUCAGCACAUCCGACACCUCCCAGCGUGGGACCCCAAGUGAAGACGAGGCCAAGGCCGAGACCAUCCGCAACCUGAGGAAGUCUUUCGCCAGCCUCUUCUCUGACUAGUCCUGCCCCGGCUGGGAGGGAGGGGCGCUCGUGACAGCGCCCCUCGCCUGCUCAUCUUCCUUCUCAGCCUUGUUCCUGAGGGGAACAGAAUGGAGGGCCUGAGGACACAUUUCCAAACGCCUUUGACCCAGAAGCUGAUUAUCUACACGUAUUCCCAUUUUCCUUUACCACAACAUUCCAACACUGUCUGACUGAGGGGUGGGCCUUUGAGAGCCUCCAGGGUCCUCAAAGCAGGCCUGGAAGACAGAUGCCACAUCCCUCUGCACACCCACAUGCUUGCUUUUCCGCCAGGUAACUAAGUGAGAUGUCUGUGUGUGGCUAGUUUUCACAUUUCUUCUGACUGUUUUGCUCACCUUUGAGCAAAGGUCCGUCCAGGCCUUUCCCACCUCCAUCA